ACACAACACCUUUCUUCUUCUUAAAUUUGAACUCAGAAGGAAGGAAAAAAAAAAACAAAAAGCAUUACCAUUUUGAAUGAGGAGCAAUCUCAGCCGUCGGAUGAGAAAAGGCCGCUCUUUCCUCCAAAAUCUCUUAUACCAACCAAACUCUUUCUCUCUUUGAGAAAAUUUUGAAAUCUAACUGCGAGAAGAAGAUGUCGUCGAGGAUGAGAUCAUCUUACCUGAAACCACCGCCUCCCAAAUCUCCGAUCCGUCUCCGAUCACGCCAAGUCCUCCUCUCCAACUCUUCUUCUUCCACUCUGAAAACACCACCAGGCAUGACGAAGCCGGGACGAAGGUUAAGCCAUGGAGAUGUGGAAGCUAAGCUCUCGGUCGAGUCAGAGGAUGUGAAAACCAGAGCUGAGGCGUCGAAUCUGGAGAAUUUGGCUGCAGAUUCGGCUCCGUUGGUGUUCGAGAGAGGGAGGUUCUACGAAGAGUAUUCGGCAAGGAGGAACGAGCGAUUGAAGAGGAAGAACGGAGGAGAAGAAUCUGUAGUCAAAGGAGUCGAGCCUACGACCACUAAGAGAAGAGGAACCACCAAGAAGAAGACCACUGUUGAGACUACAGAGCCGAGGUAUUCUCUGAGGAGCAUGAGCAUGAGCAUGACCAAGGAGAACAAGAAGAAAACUGUUACUACUACUAUGAGGGGUAGAAGAAUCUGAUGUUGCUUUCGGGAUUUCCAUGUAAAAACCCAUGAAUCUUCUUUUGUUUUUUUUUUUUUUUUUUUCUGUUUUCUCAGUUACUCAUACAUUCAGAUCAGCCUAUCUAUAUCUAAUGCAUAUUCGAUUAUAUUAUUUCAUCACUACUUAGCAUUGCUUCAGUGAUGUAUAUGCAACUUGAGUAUAUUAGCGUGAGAGCUCAUCAGCAUUACAUUUACACAACCAUCCAUCAUCGUAGAUGAAAUGAGUUUAAGGACAUAAUCAUUAAGAUUUACUCAAGCCUUCCAUCACAAGUAGUCAAUUUUGUUAGUGUCCUGCUUCUUUUUUAUUGAAUAAUAACUCAAUACAUACCCUCUAGCCUCUACAGUGAAGAUGGCUGGCAGAACACAGAACACUAGUAAAUGUACAGAUCUAAUGGGACAAAUAGGAUUCAAACGAUUUGGUGCACAGUCAUUAGACUGAGUUUGUGUAGCGAGUCUCUC